AGCUCACUGCCCUGGAAACGCACCCCCAACCUCCACCCUCGGACACCAUGGUCAGCUCGUGUUGUGGCUCCGUCUGCUCUGACCAGGGCUGUGGCCAAGACCUCUGCCAGGAGACCUGCUGCAGCCCCAGCUGCUGCCAGACCACCUGCUGCAGGACCACCUGCUGCCGCCCCAGCUGCGGUGUGUCCACCUGCUGCAGGCCUCAAUGCUGCCAGUCUGUGUGCUGCCAGCCCACCUGCUGCCGCCCCAGAUGCUGCAUCUCUAGCUGCUGCAGGCCCCUGUGCUGCCAGUCCUCAUGCUGCCAGCCCUCCUGCUGUGGCUCCAGCCCCUGUGGCUCCAGCUGCUGCCACCCCUGCUGCUGCCUGCGCCCCGUCUGUGGCCGGGUCUCCUGCCACACCACUUGCUAUCGCCCCAUCUGUGUCAUCUCCACCUGCCCCCGCCCCACGUGCUGUGCCUCCUCCUGCUGCUGAUGCCCUGUGACCCCUGUCUCUGUUUACUUCUGUCGCCAAUAUCGGCACCAACUAGGAAUUAACUGGCAAUCCAACAGGUAAGAAAUAAUCCCCACCCUCUAUAUCUCUCCUUUCUCACUCUGGGGGGCUAGAUUGUCCUGCCAACAAGUUGACUAAAUCGUCAGCAGCCCCUGGGUGGCACUGACUCAUCCGUCAUCCUCAGACCCAGGCUCCACUUAUACCAUGUAUUUCCUCCUAGAGGGACUUUCUUAUGUUUUGUUGCUUCUCUGCUUUCUAAUAAACUUUUCUGCAUAUAAGAA